GUUACAUGAAUUUUCUACAUAUAAAUGCAGAGGUUCUUCCCUUCAGAAUUUGGAAAUGAUGUGGACCGCUCACAUUUUGUUGAGCCAGCAAAAUCAGCACUUGGGAGCAAAGUAAAAAUCCGCAGAGCUGUUGAGGCUGCUGGUGUUCCAUACACCUAUGUGUCCUCCAACUUCUUUACCGGCUUUUUCCUCCGAACAUUCUCACAAAUUGGAGCUACAGCACCCCCCAGAGAUAAAGUCGUCAUUUUAGGGGAUGGAAAUCCUAGAGCUGUUUUCAACAAGGAAGAAGAUAUUGCCACAUACACUAUCAAAGCUGUGGAUGAUCCAAGAACCUUGAACAAAAUCCUUUAUAUCAGACCUCCCCUUAACACGUACUCAUUCAAUGAUCUCGUGCCUUUGUGGGAAAGGAAGAUAGGCAAAACCCUUGAGAGGAUCUACGUUUCAGAGGAACAACUGCUGAAGAAUAUCCAAGAAUCUGCCGCCCCUCUGAACAUAGCGCUCUCAAUUAGACACUCCGUGUUGGUGAAAGGAGACCACACCAACUUUGAGAUUGAACCAUCAUUUGGAGUUGAGGCUUCGGAGCUCUACCCUGAUGUUAAAUAUACUACCGUGGAUGAGUACCUAGAUCAGUUUGUGUGAUUCUUAUGCUUUAGUUAAGCUUUGCAAUCUUAAAAAAUUAGGUGGUGUUGGUUCAUGUUUCCAGUGUGCGCUACAGUCUGAUUCUCUUUUGCUUGUGUGACUUCUGUAGAUUCUGUAAGAUGACAUCCAGCUACAAUGUCCAUUAACA